CGAAAAAGGCAACUACGCGCACAAUGUCGAUGCAAUCGCUGGCCAAUGCUGCCUAUAUGACGUACUUCCUGGCGGCCAAGUCCGUACCUGUCGUGGCCGUGGGCUCGUCCAUCGUGUUUGCCAUCUCCCCAUGGCCCACGGUCGCUACCAUCCGUCGCGAGCGCAGCACGUUGCAGUUCUCAUUCGCCCCAUUCUUCUUCUACUUCGUGCAGAGCUGCAUCUACACAUUGUAUGGCUGGACGACCGGCAAUCCUGUGGUGGGCGGCACCUCGUUUCUCGGCGUGGUGUUGGGCUCGUACUACGUGCUGAUGUUCUACACGCACGCACGUGACCGCACACAGCCCACCAGGAUGUUGACGUCAGCUAUGCUGGUCAUUCUCUUGCUAGCUCACCAAGUGGCCACGCGCUCGCCUGAGGAGACGCAGAUACUCACGGGCAUUCCGGCCAACAUCCUGUCAGUGUUCACAGCUGCGUCGCCGCUGCUUCAGCUCAAGAACAUUCUUCGUCGCAAGGACGCUUCCUGCCUGCCUUUUGGUAUGUCGGCCAUGAACGUUGUGGCUGGCACCAUUUGGUCCAUCUAUGGCUUCAUGUUGGGCGACCCUCUGGUCAUUUGUCCUAACUUGUUCGCACUCACGAUGGGUGUCAUUCAGGUGUCGCUCAUCUUGCGUUAUCCGGGAGGCAAAGCCGCCGGUGCAGCGGGACCCAAGGCGAAAACCGAACACCCGGAAUGA